AUGUCUCUAGAUGUCACAAAGGGCUUGAAAAGCACCGUCAUUAUGUCUCCUAACCAGCGUCUCUAUGUUGCAUUGUAUGCACGCGGUGGCAAGGCGACGAUGCCUAGCGGGGAGGAUAAAUAUCACUGGUCUUUUAUCCAGGACCCAAAGGUAGAAGAUGAGAAGUCGCAAGGGACUCGGUACCACGCCAUGGAAAAGAUGGGUUUUAUCGAUGGUCAGGCUCAAUCAGUUUGGCAGUUUGACGAGACUGAUAUUGGUAUGGCGCCAACAGCCAUGAUCCUGGUCCGCGUUUUGAUAGGCAAGGUGAAGAAGAAAGACCGCCUCGAGACAGUUAUGCGAAAUAUUCCAAUACGGGCUCAAACACCUGGAUGGAACUGUGUGUCAUGGGUCAAGGAGGCAAUCCAGACAUUGCAACAGCACCAAGGGUCAGGCCGAGGAAUACUGGGGAGCUCGGCCUGUCAGUUGGAUUGGGAAACUGUUCGCCAAUCUGCGCUCUGGUAUGUUGAGCAAAAGAGAGCUGCUCACCGUUUCGACGGACAAGCAGCACCUGGGACAUUCGAUAAAAAGAAAGUGCCGACCUGGGACCUGCUUAAGAAUGCGGAGCGGACCCCUUGA